GAGAUGUCCUACAAAUGAUCGAAAGCAAUUCCAACUUGGUUAUCUCUGGGAAAAUAUGAAACAAUGAUGGCAAGGAGAUUAUAUUUGGACGUUAUAUUAAAUGAUUGGAAGUUUACGAGCGAGGUCAAUCAUUAUAUAUAUGGCUUUCAACAAUAGAUUUUCGAAAUUUCUAAGUAGUAUUCAAUCAGUACAAGAGCAAACUUUGAAAGUAAAAAGUAAAUGAAGAAGGUUUAAUAAUACGAAAAUGAGUCAGUAAAUCAAGAAAUUAUAUAAACAAAAAUGUCAACGAAUAUACAAGCUCAAGUUGACGUAAUACCAACUAUACCUAACAUGUUUAUCAUAAAUACUGUAAAUCAUCUUGUUGAUAGAAUCAACAUUCUAUCAGAGCAAGUAUAUACAUGUAUGAAAAUCAGUGAACAAUUUAUAAACCAUUCACUUAAAUCAAUAAAUAUGAAUGGCACCCAUGCAACAUAUGUCCAUAAUCGAAGCGUUCAGUACAUUAUCAGAAAAUUGUUACGCCUGAAACAAUCAAACCAAAAUGUCAUCAAAUCAUUGUAUCGUUAUCAAUGUUACAUGGAAAAAUUAAUUUUUGAUAUACGUCAAGAAACUGAAAGAAGUAAUCAAACGGAAAUUAAAAGAAUCAAAUCAAGAAGGUCUAAAAAUGUUGAUACUGUUCAACAAGUUGCAGAAGCCGAGUAUCAAUUGUUAAAAAAUCUUAAAUGCUCUCUGGAAUCAAAAUUGCAUCUACUAUUCAAUACAAUUAAGGAUGUAAAGUGUGUUCAAUGUAAACUUGAUCAGUGGAUAAUUGAGCAUGAGCAAAGUACAGGACAGUUCAAGAAAUGUGACGAAAUUCCUGAAGAAUUAACAACAAUAGAUAGUCAAGUUGAAGUAUUAAAUGAAAGUUAUUCAACAUCAUUGAAUUUAGAAAACAUUUCGAAAAUUAUAGAUUCCACUUUAUCCCAUGUUAAUACACUACAAUUGGAUUUAACUAUUACGUUUGAAAAAAUUCAACAGGUUAUAAAUGGUACAAGAAAUUCAGUUUUUUAUGCUUUAACUGAUGAAUGUACAUUUCUUACGAAACAAAUGCACCGACUAUUUCUUUCAAGUUUAAAGCACAAGGUGGCUAAUAAUCGAAAUCUAAAAAUGAUGAAUCAGAUCAUGAGUAAAACACCAAACAAGUCAAAUAAGAAAUUAUUGCAAAAAUUAUUACAAAAUAAUGAAGAAAUUCAAACGGUUAGAAGUGAAUUAACUAUGCAAUAUAAUCGAAUUAAUCAAUAUUUACAAGCUGAUCUCAACACAAUAAGAACUCGACAUAGAUAUCAAGGUGAACAAUUACUUCAUUUAAAUAAUUUACCAUUGAGUCCAAUAAUUACUAAAAUUAAUCUUGAACCACAUAGGCUAUGAAGUAUGUGUGAUAUUACAAUGUCAACUAAAGGACUUAACCAAUAAAAGUAUGAUUCAUUGAAAUCACAACAUAAAAGGAAACUAUAGAUAUUUUCUUUUCUUGUUUCUGUAAGCUAUAUCAGCGAUAAUGUG